AUGUCUGAAGAGGAAGUGGAUAACAAGAAGCCAUCUGAGAUUAACAGUUUCCAUGACAUGAUCAGUAGUAGUAAACAUGUGUUGAAUAUGGAAGCGGUUGAGUUCAGCAAGAAGAGGAAGUUUCAGACAGAUCAAUCGGAGUUAUCAUUAUUACCUCUUUCGAAGCAUACUUGUUUUGCAAAUAGUUACGACAGUAUCAAUGUCAGAUCAGAGCUUGAUACAGAGUCUUAUGUGAACUCGACUUCUAUGGAAUGUGAAAAUGAGACUGAAAUGAAAGAGGAAUCAUCAGGAUCGUGCAGUGAAGACAAGAUGAUCUCUUUUGAUAGCCAUCUUGAUUUCAUCUAUGGAACCCAAAACCUAGAGGAUUUUUCAGACAAAGACAUUGAAAACAUUCUCUAUCUUGAUGAAGAAGAAGAAGCUAAAGGAUGUAGUAGUGCUUCUAACUUUGUUCUGUCCUCUGGGAGAUGGACUGUUGACCGAGAUUCUACUCAGCAUGGCACAAAGAAGCCUACGAUCGAUCAAGAAUUCGAGCAAUACUUCUCAACGCUAAUGUUGUGAUAAAAUGUUUUGAGACUGAAAAAUAUAAAUGAAGAUGUAUACAGGAGCUAUUUUGAUUAUUUAGUCUCUUAUAGUUUUGAUUCUUGUGAACAAUAAUACCUUCAUUUCAAAGUGAUUAGAGAGGUGGUUUUGAAAUGUUUGUAAACAGGAUACAAAAAUAGUAUUGG